GCAAGACCACGGACUCAGUGGGCUUUUAUCCGAACCUUAAGCUCGUCAGUUCCGAACCAACCAGGCUCGUAUCGCCCGCCCUAUAAAAUGCGUACCUCACCCUCCAUUUUCCAUCUGUAUAAUUUGCUACAAGCUCUCUACUCUGAACCGUUGACCAGAUAAAAAACCAAGGAUUUGGAGGUGAUCGAAAAAGGAUGGCACUAGUUUCAGGAGGAAGGUCAACAUUAAACCCUGAUGCCCCUCUCUUUGUUCCUGCUGCUUUGCGCCAAGUGGAGGAUUUUUCACCAGAGUGGUGGCAACUAGUUAAGACUUCAGCAUGGUACCGAGACUACUGGCUCAGUCAGCGUGAGGACGAGGAGGCAUUUUAUGGCAAUGUAGAAGAUGACAUUGAUGAUGUUGCUCAUCUUUUGCCAGAGACAUUUGAUCUUGAUGCUGGCGAAGAGUUUUCUAACAUGGAAGCUCAGUUUGAAGAGUUCCUUCAUUUUUCUGAAAUGAAAGGGGAUAAGUCAUCUCCAAUAUUCACUCCCAAUGCAAUUCAUGAAAAUGCAGGCUUAGUAAUGGAAUCUGAGGCCCUGGUGAAGAAUAUGAAAUUUCUGGAUGAAAGGGGUCCUAAGUUUGCAGCAGAACCAGCAAAAUAUGCAGAGAAGGCAGCCAAGUGCAUGAGCCCAAAAUACAGCGCCCGUCGCAUCCAGCAGCCCCGUUGAAGUUAGCAAACGAAGUUUUUUUUUUCAAGCUUAGUUAACCUCCUGCGUAGUCUAUUGUAGUCUGUACUUUCUGUAUAGAGCAAGGUUGCAACUCUUUCUCUGCUUCCUUGUUCAUGCUCGUGCUAUUUUUCUUUUCAAUGUAGGAAACAAACUUUUGGCUAACAAAGUUGUAUAAAAAAAAACAAAAAAAACAAAAAAGUUGUAAAAUUGUAACAAAAUGGAAAAAAUAUAUAUAUUAAUAAUAAUUUCCUUCACCAAG